AUGAAGAGUAAGCUGGAAGCGCUAGAAGAUGAGAGCUGGCCAGACAGGGAGUUCAGCAACAUCCUUGAACAUCCUCUUGCCAUGGACUUAGACGAGUCAUGGGAGCCACCUAUCAUGGACUUAGACGAGUUAUGGGAUCAUACUGCCAUGGAUGUAGAUGAGUCUUUGGAGACACCUACCAUGGAUGAAGAACAGUCAUUGGAUUCUACUGCCGUGGAUGUAGACGAGUCAUUAGAGCCAACGACCAUGGACUUGGACGAAUCAUGGUAUCCUACUACCAUGGACUUAGACGAGUCAUGGGAGCCACCUAUCAGGGAUGAAAAACAGUCAUUGGAUUCUACUUCCGUGGAUGUAGACGAGUCAUUAGAGACACCUAUCAUGGAUGAAGAACAGUAUUUGGAUUCUACUGCCGUUGAUGUAGACGAGUCAUGUGAGGCACCUAUCAUGGACUUAGACGAGUUAUGGGAUCAUACUGCCAUGGAUGUAGAUGAGUCUUUGGAGACACCUACCAUGGAUGAAGAACAGUCAUUGGAUUCUACUGCCGUGGAUGUAGACGAGUCAUUAGAGCCAUCGACCAUGGACUUGGACGAAUCAUGGUAUCCUACUGCCAUGGACUUAGACGAGUCAUGGGAGCCACCUAUCAUGGAUGAAAAACAGUCAUUGUAUUCUACUUCCGUGGAUGUAGAUGAGUCAUUGGAGACACCUAUCUUGGAUGAAGAACUGUCAUUGGAUUCUACUGCCGUGGAUGUAGAUGAGUCAUUGGAGACACCUACCAUGGAUGAAGAACAGUCAUUGGAUUCUACUGACGUGGAAGUGGACGAGUCAUGGGAGUCAACUACCAUGGAUGAACAGUCGUUGGAUUCUACUGCCGUGGAUGAAUACGAGUCAUGGGAGCCAUCUAUCUUGGAUGAAGAACAGUCAUUGGAUUCUACUGCCGUGGAUGUAGACGAGUCAUUGGAGCCAUCGACCAUGGACCUGGACGAAUCAUGGUAUCCUACUGCCAUGGACUUAGAAGAGUCAUGGGAGCCACCUAUCAUGGAUGAAGAACUGUCAUUGGAUUCUACUGCCGUGGAUGUAGACGAGUCAUGGAAGCCACCUAUCAUGGACUUAGAAGAGUUAUGGGUUCAUACUGCCGUGGAUGUAGAUGAGUCAUUGGAGACACCUACCAUGGAUGAAGAACAGUCAUUGGAUUCUACUGCCGUGGAUGUGGACGAGUCAUGGGAGCCAUCUAUCUUGGAUGAAGAACAGUCGUGGGAUUCUACUGCCGUGGAUGUAGACGAGUCAUUAGAGCCAUCGACCAUGGACUUGGACGAAUCAUGGUAUCCUACUGCCAUGGACUUAGAAGAGUCAUGGGAGCCACCUAUCAUGGAUGAAACACUGUCAUUGGAUUCUACUGCCGUUGAUGUAGACAAGUCAUGGGAGCCACAUAUCAUGGACUUAGACGAGUUAUGGGAUCAUACUGCCAUGGAUGUAGAUGAGUCUUUGGAGACACCUACCAUGGAUGAAGAACAGUCAUUGGAUUCUACUGCCGUGGAUGUAGACGAGUCAUUAGAGCCAUCGACCAUGGACUUGGAUGAAUCAUGGUAUCCUACUGCCAUGGACUUAGACGAGUCAUGGGAGUCACCUAUCAUGGAUGAAAAACUGUCAUUGGAUUCUACUGCCGUGGAUGUAGAUGAGUCAUUGGAGACACCUAUCAUGGAUGAAUAACAGUCAUUGGAUUCUACCGCAUUGGAUGUAGACGAGUCAUGGGAACCACUUACCAUGGACUUAGACGAGUUAUCGGAACAUAUUGCCAUGGAUGUAGACGGGCCAUGGGAGCCACCUACCAUGGACUUGGACAAAUCAUGGUAUCCUAUUUCCAUGGAUGUAGAAGAGACACGGGAGCUACCCUCCACGGAUGUAGAAGAGACAUGGGAGCCACCUACCAUGGAUGUUCAGGAGACAUGAGAUCCUCCAUUCAUGGACGUAGACGAGUCGACGCAUCUUCCGGCCUAGGAAUGGAGCACAACACUACUUAAAAACGUAACCCUUUUUAAGGGCCAACCAACCGGCCCUUUUCAGGGCCAACAUGACAAGUUGUUGGCGAAAACAGAAAAUAAGCAAAAUCUCCUGAGAGAAAGAAAUAAAAAAAGGAGAGAAGCGUCGUAGAUGUCGAAUGAGGCAUAACAUAGCUGGGAGAAAUGAGCCAGUGGGGCAAAACGAGCCCCCGAACAAGGCGCGAAAUUUGCGCUCGUGCGAGCCUCAGCCGUCUGCCUCGCGAGAAGCGACGGGGAAUGCAGAACAUUUUUUGAUAAUGGACGCAUACGUGAUCUCUGAAUAUUCUGGUAUUGAUAUGACUUUAGAUGAGCUAAAGUAUUCUCAUGCUGAUAUGAAGUCAGUUGAUACAGUGGCUGUGAACUAUGGGACGAGUUAGGUGCCGCAAUUUUUAGUGUCACUAUUUUUCUGUCGUGGCCAGAAUUAACGUCGAAAAAUAAAGCAACAUCAAUUUUUUUUCAAUUGUUUUAUUCAUUUAAUAUACAACACUCAAAAUUCAUUGCGAUUGAAAAUUCAUGAAGAAAAGAAAAUAACCUCUGGCGGCUGUAGUCAAAAAUACAGCCUACCUAGAAUUGUUUUUAAUACGGCCUUCACAUAAAUACAAAACAAUUAUUUAAUAUUACUGAGUGUAAAAUUAACAUUUCUCCUGAUAAAAAAAAAUAAUUAUUUUCCAGUGGGCAAGGAUCCACCUAUGUCAACUGUUUGCAGAACGUUAUUUUAUCAAAAUCACGAUGGAAAUUAAAAUGUUUUAAGUGCAUUGAAUGUUUAGUUACAAAAAAAAACCUUGAAUACAAUUAAUUUUCACAUGAAAUCCAAAUUUUCUCUAAGACCUCUGGCUUUAUUUGUGAGGAUUGUGUUCCUUAGUGAUGAAAUUAAUUAGAAGAGGCGCGGUGGUCGAGUGGUUAGAACAUUCGCCUCCUAACAAGGCGACACGGGUACGAACCCCGGCGGGGUCGAACGUGGAUUUUCGCAAGUGGGACACAUGGCGGACGUUGCCAUUGCCUGUGGGUAUUCUCAGUCCUCCCCCCUCCCCCAAUCAAUUCAAUCCGUCACUGCUCCAUACCACAUAUCAUCUCAACCUCACGCAACCUCCAGGCUGGCCGGAACAACAAUUCUGUCCCUCUAGUAUUAGCCCCCAUUUCACCCAGUUACUCCCUGCCCAAGGCAUAAGACAAUAUGUCACAGAAACCGUAUUUUUAAUGAAAGCAGUUUAAAUAAUUUUAAACAGUACUUCACUUAUUUACUUAACAUUUUUAUACCAAAAAAGUGUGAUUUAUUUAUAUAUCGAAGAUUUUAGUGUUGUGUGCCACCUAGAAAGAACACCAAACAGUUUGUCAAGUUAUUGGUAAAAAAAAAAUGAAUGCAUUUCGCCCAAAAGUGGACACAGUGUCUUAUGCCCUAUAAAACGUUGGGUCAAACACGUGCGGGUUUCGUGGUCUGAUUUGCGUAUAACCUCACGAAACCGAGUGGACAAACAUCGCAGAUAAGCACGCCCGGAUCUGUAUGUUUAUUUGACUUAUCCCACAGCGAACUUCCGAACACUCCCGGGCCGUUAUCAUCCGUACGUACAUUCGGUAACGGCCAAAAUCCCCGGCCACUGCGCCAGCCUUGUUCGGAGAUAUUGGCCACUGCUGUUCCUCCAGGCCUUACUAAAUCAACCCCCUCCCCCCCCAACCCCUUUUAAACGGACUAAGCAUUACCCCGCGGGGAAAUCAGAGUCGUUCCUUAUCGUUCUCGUAUUUCCAAGUAACGGUCAGGAGGGAUGAACCUUUUUCUCUUCCUUUCUGGAACUCUGACCACGUGCGCAGUUUCGAAGAUACAGCUACAGGCUAUUCGCACGAAGCAUUAGAAAUGACUUUGUACCGUGCAUAUAACCAAACACAUAGAGCUAGCUAUAUUUGUCCACCCGCAAUCUUCAAGUUACAUAUAUUUUUUAAAAAAAAUAAA